GUGUAUCGGGGCUUGGUGCUUCAAGUUUGGGUUGGUGCACUUUCCGGCCUGGCUAUUUGCCUUUGUCUCGGUGCCAUUUUCAUUGCUGUUUUCUACCUUGUGGGAAGCGACCUCUGGUCUGUUGCCGAACGGGUUUGGGAAGGAGUCUUUAGUAUCGUCAGUGCGCUCAUCAUUGCCGUGAUGGGAAUGGCUCUUUUGCGGAUAAACCAACUACAGUCCAAAUGGAAAUGGAAGCUUGGUGCUGCCCUGAAUGAAAAUGAGGAGGAAAUGCUCCACGACUUUCAAGAUGAACCUAUAAAAUUCACCCGAAAGUACGCUUUGGGGAUACUGCCGUUUGUGACUACACUACGCGAAGGUUUGGAGGCUGUCGUGUUUGUGGGAGGAAUCGGUGUCAACCAACCAAUAUCUUCUUUUCCACUAGCCAUCGUUACCGGCGCCCUCGCCGGCACAGGAAUCGGUGUCGCCUUAUACAAAGGAGGUAACAAGAUGUCUUUGCAGUUUUUCCUUGUGGUUGCGACAUGUUUCCUGUACCUUGUCGCUGCAGGCCUGAUGUCGAGAGGUGUUUGGUUCUUGGAGCUCGAACGAUUUGUCCAGAAAUGUGGCCAGGACACCUCUGAAACCGGUAGCGGGCCGGGAUCUUAUGAUAUCACCAACUCUGUGUGGCACGUGAACUGCUGCAAUGGACUCACGGACGGUGGGUGGAUGCUAUUCAACGCGCUUCUUGGUUGGACAAAUUCUGCCACUUACGGAUCGGUUGCGUCGUAUAUUUUAUUCUGGUGCUUCGUCAUCGGCCUGAUAAAGAGCAGAGAGGUGAUCACUACAAACGGUUACUUACCAGGAAUACCAUUGCGUUUCCAGCUAAAGAGACUCAAGAAGAGAAUCGCAAUAAAUCGGAUAUUGUUGGAG